GCGCUUUCGAAUCAUUCGCAGUCAUUCUCGGUCUUCGAGACAUUACGGUGGCACGACGUUCUUCUCUGUCAGCAUCGGAUUACUCAUUUUUUUAUUGUUACAUUAUCGCUGAAGAAGGUAUUUUUCGUCGCGAUUGAUCCUUGCUUUAAAGUCUCCCGACAGUGGGUUCAUUAUUGCAUGGUUGCAAGAGUUGGGUUUACUAUAUUCCUUCAUUUCCAACACAGACUGACUAUCAAAUAUAUACCACUUUGUAAAAUUAUUUAUACCUAGGGAAAACAAAUUGAAAAGAUAUCAUAAAUGCAGUUGUGUACAAAAAGAGUGUAGUAUAAAGUUGAAAGACAAUUUUAUUAUUGUAGAGAUUGCUCUAAUUGGAAAAAUUAAUUCAAUGCAUCUAUUUGAUUAGUUAUAUUUAUUAGUAUCCAACCUUUCUUCUCGAAGAUUUUUAAACUUAUUUUAAGCAAUUUUGAAUCAAUAAAUACAUUUUGUCUUGUUUUCUCGUUUGGCAAAAAUGUAAAAAGAAAAUACAGAACUGCAUAUUUGUAGAUGUCUCUAUUUACCAUGAGUAUGUAGUGAUAACUUGAAGGACACACAUAUGGAUACUGGAUUCAAAGACUAAUACUGUAUGAGAUUCAACAUAAGUGGCAGCAUCCUUAUCAAAUUCAGAAGGACUUGCAUUCUCAUAUAUACCAGGUGUUGAGUAGGCACUCGUAUGAUUUCGUGUUCUUACGAAACGAAGGUAGUCGAAGAAAGUGGGAGUGUGGAUAGAGAGUGAGAGUGAGAGUUUAACGGCGCGCGACGCGGCUCCUCUAAGCAACCUUCAGGCCAGAUGUGCAGACUCCACCUUAACUUUAAAUGAUUUUGCGCAACCGUAUUCCAACUGAGUUCCUCCAAAAGUAGGUACAAUUGAAAUGAUGGACACGGGAACGGUGCGACUGGUGAUUUUUCUGGGAAUGUUUUUGAUUUUUGCCAGUGAUUACGGCUCAUUAAUAUCUACAAUUUUCGGAAGUAGCUCAGAACGGAACUCUACAUUAACGAGGCCAGAGGGACCACCGCGAGAGGGUCCAGCUGCCGAACGAGCGUAUAACGCAGCAGCGAAGAAGGCUUUGCAUAAAGAUAAUGUGAUCUCUCGUCGUGCAAAAUUGAUGACGACAAUCAAGAUGGCCUGUUUGCCGAAACUUAUUUGCGAAUUGACAUCGACUGCACAUCAGGACCAGUUGAGCGAAAUGGAAAGGUCAUUACUGGAUUUAAUCAGGGAUACAAGCUUAAACACUAUGGCAGAAGUAGCUUCACGGUACCACUUUGCGGCGCAUAUGGGUCAACUGAUAUCCGGCGUGGAGGGUCAAGGAUGCCAUAACUUCUACCCCACUUGCCCACUUCCUGGAUCAAGUGUGUUGAACAUGAUGAAGAAGAUUAGGAUUCGCUAACGGUUUAUUUAUUACUUUGUUCACUGAUUUCACGGAUAAAGGCUGUUUCAAAGAUUUAUUAACUUAAAGGAGAAAUAAAAGCAGUGAAAUAAACUGAAAAUAAAGAACAGCUGAGUCGUUCGGGAAACAAAGUUAUUGUAAGCUUCGACCACUUUGCUAUGCUGAAUCUGUGAUAUAAAUAUAGUACCAAAUUAUUUUUUAAACUAAUGAUUUUACGUUCUAAAUUAAUUUAUAGUCUAACUUUUGAGCAUAUAUUUUUGUAAGUUCUUUUCGCAAUAUAUGUAUGGGUUUCCCACAUAAAAACCUACGAAUACUUUAUUUGAAAGUUAGACAUUGUUUAGUUCAGGCAUAUUUUUUUUGCAAUUUUAUAAAGUAUGCUUAGAAUGUAGAAAGCAAUUAAGGUGACACUGUCGUCAUUACCCAGUGUAAUAAGUCUAUUUUCCGAAAUAAUAUCAAUUAUAAGUACAACUUCGUAACUGUUUUCAAGUAAAUAAACGCAUUUUUAAAUAAUCUCUAAAUUGUAUUUCUUCAUGCGUUGUAAAUGCAGAAAUAUUUAAAAUAAAUUUAUGUUUUU